AUGGAACAAAAGCCGAGGGUCCUACAGACUGGUGCCCAACAAGCAGUGGAAGAGUGUCAGCACCAGUUCCGACACAGCCGGUGGAAUUGCAGUACUGUGGAAAAUUCUACUGAUAUCUUCGGCGGUGUGCUUAAGUUCAAAUCUCGUGAAUCAGCCUUCGUGCAUGCUCUGUCAGCGGCGGCAUUGGCGCAUGCAGUGGCCCGCGCCUGCUCUCGUGGUGAACUCAAUGAGUGCUCCUGCGACUCUCGCGUCAGAAAGCGUACGCCUAGGCACUGGCAGUGGGGAGGGUGUUCUGAAGCGGUUCGCGGUCGUAUGCAGCGUGUAUGCAAAUGCCACGGAAUGUCCGGAUCUUGCUCAGUUCGUGUCUGUUGGCGUCGUCUGCCGCAACUACGCAUGAUUGGUGAUGCAUUGUCCACGAGAUAUGAAGGGGCGUCCCAUGUAAAGGUUGGUCAAGUGGUCGAACGCAAGCGAGGGAAGAAUAUAAGAAAGCUGAGGCCAUUACACAUGGACAUGAAGAAACCUAACAAGACUGAUCUUGUGUACUUGGAGGAUUCGCCAGACUAUUGUGAACCUAAUGACGAGCUCGGCAUCUUAGGGACUCGUGGCCGUACUUGCAACAGAACGUCAGCUGGUCUCGAUGGCUGUCGCCUACUAUGCUGUGGACGAGGAUACCAAACCAGGUUUUCAUAG